AUGGAGGGAAAGAUGUUGUGUGAAGAUAUGUUGCUGGAAAUUCUGUCAUGGCUUCCAGUGAAAUCUCUAAUGCGAUUCAUGUGCGUGAGCAAGUACUUUCGAUGUCUCGUAUCGAAUCCUCGUUUUGUGGCAAAGCAUCUUGAAAAUUCACGAAAAAGGACAAGUUUCUUGUCAAGUUACUCAAACGAAGAUAAAACUAAUAGUUAUGUGUUUCCCUCAACUAUCAGUUCUUUGAUUGAAGAAGAUUCAGAACCCGUCAUUGCUUCUGAUACUGACCAUGGAUCUGAUUCUGAGAGGAAAAAGUAUCGAGUUCUUGGUUCAUGCAAUGGCUUGGUCUGUUUGACUAAUGGGGACGAACAGGUAAUCAGGUUUGACUUUUGGAACCCCGCCACAACAGAAAUAUAUGAUAACCCGCAUCCUCCGUUAAAUCUUGACAAGAAAGAGUACCCUUCUAUGUUAGGGUUUGGCUAUGAUAAUUCAACGCAUACCUACAAAGUGGUUGUAAUAGUUGCCCCUCAGAAUUUCGACGAAGAUGAAGAUUUUAGAUCUUUAAUUUUAAGCAUGAAAGACGAGAUUCGAUGGAGAGAAAUUGAAGAAUUUCCUGCUUAUACUACUACGGUGGAAGCUGAUGGAAUAUAUAUAAACAACAGUCUUAACUGGUUAGGGAUAUAUUAUACGGACUAUGACGAAGAUGGCAGUGAUAUUUCAUUUGAUGAAGUGGCGAUCGUUUCGCUUGAUCUUGAGACUGAGACGUACACAGAGAUGUUGCUUCCUCGCGAACUUAAUGGGGUGUUCGUUGGAGAUUUCUGCUUUCCUGGUGAACAGCUUCAUUCCAAUGAAGCUCCACUUAUUGGAGUUUUGAAUGGUUGUUUGAGUCUUUUUCUUCAUAACCGCAACACAAAAGAUCUAAGCAUAUGGCAGAUGAAGGAGUUUGGGAAUGAAAGAUCUUGGACAAUCUUGUUGAACACAUCUUUUCAUGAUCUUGGAUUUUACACCAGACGAGUACCUACGACUUUCACUUACGAUUAUCACCUAUGGAGGGUUUCAGUAGUAAGAAAUCAACAUUUCUCUAGUAGUUAUAGCAUUUUUAUACCUCUUUGCCUGAUUGAGAAUGAUCGUGACAUCGUGAUCAUUCACAAUUCAUUUCAAGGUUGUGUGGUGCAAACAAUUAUUUAUAAUCUGAUAGAAAAGACAGUGACUUACAGAAAGCCGGCUGACAACUUACGUUGGAUCUAUCCUAUGGAUUAUGUUGAAAGCUUGGUUUCCCCUGAAAUGCUUUCUGAGGAACCUAAUGGAACAGCUUCAUUGCAAUGA